UGGGAUAGGUUGGGGGGUGUUGAUUACACUUCAUAUGGACCCGGCAGCUUGAACAUGGCUGAGAGUGAAGACAGAGAAGAUGUUACCGACGAGAUGCCUGAAUUGUCAGAGAUGGAUGAUGAGGAAUGGUGUGACUGGGAUGAAGAAGAGCAGACCAAAGGACAAGAACAAAUUUGUUGCCUGUUUUGUGAAAGGUUAUUCAGUUCAACUGAAGAUACUUUUUCUCACUGUAGAGUGGACCACCAGUUUGAUAUUACCCAAAUAGUUCACGAGCAUGGUCUCGAUUGUUAUGGGUUCAUCAAGCUUGUCAAUUUCAUUAGAAUCACAAAUCCCUCUGCAGAAUCUUUCCAAUCCAUAGUGGGCCACGUCCCUUGGGAGAGUGAAGAAUAUAUGAAACCACCAUCCACUGAUGAUCCUUUACUCCAGUUUGAUGUCGAUGAGCUCUGGGAAUGUACAGAAACACAAACCUGUUCGGUAGAACCACUGGAUGUGGAGAGCCAGGAGCGAGCAGCACAGCUUCAGCAUUUACACAGAGCAGAGAGGAGAGCUGAGGAGGCUGAGGCAGCUGUGGAAAGGAUCAUGGGAGACCUUGAAAAAAUGCGACAAUAUGUGCAGGAUUUCGUGAUAAAUGCAGAUGCCAGAGCUGGUACAUCAACCACAAACACGAUAGCAAACCUGCAGGAGGAUGAAGACAGUGUCUACUUCAGCUCUUAUGCGCAUUAUGGCAUACAUGAAGAAAUGCUAAAGGAUAAAGUGCGGACUGAGAGCUACAGAGAUUUCAUGUACUGCAACCCCCAUAUUUUCAAGGACAAGGUAGUUUUGGAUGUUGGAUGUGGAACUGGGAUCUUGUCCAUGUUCGCUGCCAAAGCGGGAGCCAAGCAUGUGAUCGGAGUGGACCAAUCCGAGAUCAUUUACCAGGCCAUGGAUAUUGUAAGGGAAAAUGAACUGGAUAGUGUUAUCACACUCAUUAGAGGAAGGAUUGAGGAUGUCGAACUUCCAGUUGCUAAAGUGGACGUUAUUAUUUCGGAGUGGAUGGGUUAUUUUCUGUUGUUUGAAUCCAUGCUGGACUCUGUCAUAAGUGCACGGGACAGGUAUCUGCUGGAAGGCGGUGCAGUAUACCCUGAUAGCUGCACGAUUAGCCUGACAGCAGUGGGAGACAGGAAGAAACACGAUGAACGAGUAGCUUUCUGGGAGGAUGUGUACGGCUUUAAGAUGUCCUGUAUGAAGAAGGCAGUGAUCCCAGAAGCUGUGGUGGAAGUGAUAAACCCCGACACCGUCAUUUCAGAACCCUGUGUUGUCAAGGCAAUCAACUGCAACGAAGUCAGAAUCUCAGAUCUGGAUUUCACCUCUGAGUUCUCGUUGAAGAUAACAAAGGAUCACGAAUGUGUGGCGAUUUCUGGACACUUUGACAUUGUAUUCGAGAAGAAUUGCAACAAUAAGGUCAUGUUCUCCACAGGCCCAGGAAGCACCGAAACGCAUUGGAAGCAAACUGUCUUUCUCCUUGAGCAGCCGGUCUUGGUGAGAAAAGGUGACAUCUUACAAGGAAAGGUUUCCUGUUGCAAGAACAGAAAAGAUCCUCGGUCAUUGAUUGUAACAAUAUCAAUUAACAACAUGAAGCAAACGUACAGUCUGCAGUGAGAGCUCUCUCUCCUUCAGAAUCACAGGGUCUGCGUCCAACUAUUUACAAAACGGAUCACUGAGGAUGUGAAGAUCUGAAACAAACAAAAACAGAAAUUUCCAGAGAAACUCAGCGGGUCCAGCAAUAUCAAUGGAGACAAUCAGAGUUAAAGUUUUGAGUCCAGUGACCCUUUUUCAGACCAAUUCUGAAGAAGUGGCACUGUGAAACGUUAACUCUGUUUCUCUCACCAUGAAUGCUGCCAGACCUGCUGAGUUUUUCCAACAUUCUUUAUGUUUGUAUUUGUCAUGUAAAAUUUGAGAAGUUCUCUUUCCCAAAAACGUGACAGUUGAAUAUCCCAAUUGUCAUUGAAGUUUAUCCAAAUGAAAUAUAAUUAAUAAGUCCUGUCAUCAAUAAUAUUUUUCAUGAAUAAA